AUGGUCGAGAUUCCACCCGAUGGCCAUUGUCUCUAUACGGCGGUAGCAGAUCAACUCGCUCUCCUUGGCCUCAUACCAUCUUCGGCCGUACAUCCAUCAACUACACGCAACGCCGCAGCAGACUACAUGCUCGCUCAUCCUGACUCCUUCAUCCCCUUCCUGCCAUCCAUUGAGGGCGAAGAUGGUGCUGGAGCCGAGUCAGCCGGGCUUCUUUCGCCCAACAGUUUCACAUAUUGCGCUCGAAUUCGUGACACUGGUACAUGGGGUGGUGAGCCUGAGAUUACGGCUUUAGCCAACGCAUACAAGGUCCCCAUCCAUGUUGUACAAUCUGGUCCUCAAAGAGUAGUGGUUCAUGGGCCUCAGGAUGGCCAAGUGGUCAAGCCAGAUGCAGCAGUCAAGAUAAGCUAUCAUAGACGCAUGUACGGUUUAGGAGAGCAUUACAACUCAUUGCGACCUAAAACUAUAGUCGAUCGUAUUCCAGGGAUGGAACAAGUACGAGCUGCCCUCAAAGCGUAG